AUGGAACUGGAAGAGUUUUUAGAUUACCUGAACAGUGGCAAACCCGUCGAGGGAAAUUCCGAAUAUCUGGAAUAUAUGAAUGAACUUAGCCAAGAGGCAAUGAAGAUCACCGUGGAAUUGAAUAACGCAUACCAUGAACCGGCAGAAGUACGAGAAUAUUUUGCAAAAUUGACGGGAAAGAAAAUUGAUGAAUCUUUCUGUCUUUUCCCACCAUUUUAUACAGAUUGUGGGAAGAACAUUACCAUUGGGAAGAAUGUCUUUAUCAACUCCGGGUGUCGUUUCCAAGACCAAGGGGGUGUCUUUAUUGGAGAUAAUGCCCUAAUUGGACACAACUUAGUUUUGGCCACUCUGAACCAUGACUUUUCGGGGACUAAUCGAAAUACGUUAUUGCCUGCACCAAUAAUCAUUAAAACAAAUGUCUGGAUUGGUGCAAAUGUGACUGUACUCCCAGGCGUCACAAUUGGGGAAAAUGCUGUGGUUGGUGCUGGUGCAGUUGUAACCAAAGAUGUUCCCGCAAAUGCUGUAGUUGCAGGUGUGCCGGCUCGAAUAAUCAAAACGAUCAAGUCAUGA